AUAAGGUUGAAUUUGCCUUAAAUUGUUUCAUAAAUAUAUAAGUAUAUUUUAAAACAAUUUGAGAGAAUCAAUUAAUUUACAAAUAAAGUGCUGCUAAUAAUAGUUAUAUGAUAAUCUUUCGGGAAUUAUAUCCAUUUAUUAACAAGAAAUACACUUGCAAACUUUUCGUGGUUAGUGACGUUCAUGGCAAGUUGCAAUAGUUUUAACUUAACCAUGUGAAAUAUCAUCGAGGAUCUUCGAGGACUUCUUUGUGAAAAGAGAAGUAAAAUAUUAGGCAGGAAACAGAUAAUAAUCAAAAAAUAUCGUACUGUAUUUCGAAAGUGACAAGUAUCCAUAGACAAAGAAAAGGUCGAAAUCCAUUUUUUCUCAAAAAUUUAAAUAUUGUAUAAGAUAUUUGGUCGUGUGGAACCAAUAAAUACAUAUGCAAAGAUGAGUAUAAAUGAUGAUUGGGAUGUAGAAAAGCAUAAAACAGAACACGAAUGCGAUGAACAUUGGGAAUUGAGACGUAAAUUUCUGUUAGCCCACAAAAAGAAAUUUCCUGAAGAUGAACUCAUUUGCUUAGCUCAAGUGUUUUAUAACGUUGAACUGUUAGGAUGCAGAUAUCCAAAAGAAACAAUGGAUUUAGUAGCAGAAUUAUCUAAAGAAGUUGCAGCUGAAUACAGAGAGAAACAGAAAACAAAAUUGCAGAGAACAUUUGUAAAGGCUUCAGAAGCAGCUAGUUCAAAGGUUAAAGGAUGUACUACCCAAAAGUUUACUGUCGCAGAAAAACCUGUAAAUCAAAACAGAAUUAGCAAAAAAUCAGAAUCUAAAAUUGAAAUGACUAAAACAGUAAAUAAUUACAAAAGACUUAAUAUUGAUGCUACAGAGUCUUUACCUAAGAAGAAAACAAAAAAUACAAAUCUCCCAUUUGGAGACAUUGUUUUGGUGGAAAGAUCAGGUGAUGUACCACAAAGUACAUUGGCCUGUUCAGUUAAUGUAUCUGGUAAUAAGCUGGAAUGGAAAUAUAAUAAGAAAAACAAAUCUUGCGAUUGCACCAUUUAUAUUGAUUCAAAACGAGUGGCAUGUGCCUCUGGUAGCAGCCAGAAAAUUGCUAAAAAGGAAGCUGCUGCUGUUGCUUUAGAUAAAUUACGAAAAUAUUAUUAUACUAUUAAGAUAAAGCAAAAUUUAGAUGUACAAACGAAUAUAACUAUAACAACAAUAGAGAAGGCCAAGUCACAGGAUAAUAUCCCUGACGACAACAUUGGAAAAAAAUUGAUAAAAUUAAUGGGAUGGAGCGGUGGUGGUCUUGGAAAAUCCCAGCAAGGCAUUAUGGAACCUGUGACACUCAAGCAACAGCUCAGUCGAGAGGGUUUGGGUCUAAAAUCAAAUUCCUUUAAUAUGCACGAAUUGAAAGCUAAGUGCAAAAGUGCUUUUAAGGAGUUUUUAAUGGGCGAUAUGCAAAACGAUUUAGUAUUUUCUACAGAUUUUACCAGUGAUGAAAGGGCAACAAUCCAUCAAGUCGCGCGGGAAAUGGGUCUUAAAUCACGCAGUCACGGUCCUUCAAAUCAACGGAAAUUGGUGAUUUCACGCAAGAUUGAUAUCCGGAGCUUAGUCGAGGAACUGAAGAGCCUCGGCGGGUCUACGGAGAAAUACGAAUUAAUAGAACCAACCAGUUGAAUGAAGAAAAAUUAAUUUCAUCAAUAUGCUUGUAAAAAUUUUAUGUAUAUAGAUUAAAUAUUCAGUAAAGUUGAA